AUGGAUUACUCAAACAGUAUAGUUCUAUUUCUAUUUUUUUUUUCUAUAAAACCCCUUACCGAUGAACAACCUAAUCAACCUGAAGAAUUGCAGAAAGACAAUAUUGAAUAUGUCUCUGCAGGAAUUCCUGUUAAAGUUGAUGAAAAAUCUCAUUAUAUCGUCACUCUUCCUAAUGAAAUAAAUCCCUAUAAAAUUUGUAGACGUUGUCAAGAAUAUAUUUCAAGUGAUAUAACAUCGUUUAAGAGUAAUCUAAUGAAUUUAGUAGAUUGUGGGUUAAGUCAAUAUGGGAAAAAAGAUGAAUUAAACGAAGAAAGGGAAAUAUUUAGUAACGAUGGAUAUAUUUUUACUAUUGAUAAUGAAAAAUUUUUGUAUUUUGAUAUGAACUCUAAAAAAGAAUUUUUGUCUAAUUUCUAUGCACAAAAAGGAAGGACAGUAAAUGGUGCUAUGAGAGCUCGUGUAAUUCAAAUGCUUAUGGAAGAAAAUAGUUAUAAACCAAAUUUUGUCAUUGACCAAGCUGUAGCAAUUUUUGAUCAUUUUUUAGUUCUGACACCAAAUUUUGCAAUAGAUUCAUUACAACUACUUGGAUAUGUUGCUUAUGACAUUGCAUCUAAAAUGGAUAUGUAUAGUGAGGAUAUUUUUUAUAUGUCUAAUUCUCGACUAAUGUGGACUCAACAAGAACUACUUGAUUUUGAACUAACAGUAUUAGACACACUUUAUUUCAAAACAACAUAUGUUACCACUUACUCUUUUUUUACUCAAUUAGUAAAUUUGUCAGAUAUUCUUUUACCAGAAUCAUUUGACUCAAUAAUUAUUUUUCCUUAUGUUUGUGCUACCUUACUUUCAACAGAGUUACUUAAUAUUUCAGUUCCAAUUCUUGGUACAUCUCUUUUAUUAUAUUGUAUUAACCACCCAUAUUUUUCGGAGUUAGGAAGAGAUAAAGAUAGUUUUUAUAAUGAUGCAUUAAAUACUAUUUUUAAAAUGUGUCGUUUUUACAACAUAUCAUUUAACAAAUUACAAGAAAUUACUGAAACAAUUGGCUCAUUCACACAAUUUUUAUUAGAACAAGGAAAAAUACCUAAUUUCCGUACAAUAUAA